AUUCCGCAUUAAUACUCCACACUCUUCAUCUGUCCUGCACGUGUUUUUUCUGCGCGCGUGCAGGACAGAGCUCCCGUUUAAACCCCGGGUUUGUUUUAGUUCACAUCAGUUGCCGGCUGUAAUGCACGAAACAAAUCGCGUUUAUUUGCGCAUUAAUGGAGGCGUGUCAGAGAUCACGUGACCUUUAAAGGUCGUCGCUAUAAAUCGGCUUAUAGUGCGCACGCAGUUACACACACACACACGCGCGCGCGCAUACACACAUACACGCAGUGGGGAUCAGAAUCAGGACUAACAUGACAGAUCAAGCAUUUGUCACACUCGCUACAAAUGACAGCUAUGUUAAAGGAGCGAUGGUGCUUGGUGUUUGUUUGAGGAAUCACAAAACAUCUCGUAAACUCACCAUACUGAUUGGAGAUGACGUUUCACAACCCUGCAGGUCAGUCCUCAGUCAGAUAUUUGAUGAGGUGUGUGAGGUGAAUGUGUUGGACAGUGGAGAUGUGACUCGGUUGGCGAUGAUGAAGAGACCUGAGCUCGGUGUCACCUUCACUAAGCUGCACUGCUGGAACCUCACACAUUAUUCAAAGUGUGUGUUUAUGGAUGCAGACACACUGGUUCUGUGUAACAUCGACGAGCUGUUCGAGCGUGACGAGCUCUCGGCUGCCCCUGACCCCGGCUGGCCCGACUGCUUUAACUCCGGAGUGUUCGUGUUUCAGCCAUCGAAGGAAACCUACACCGAGUUACUGAACUCCUGCAUGCAGCACGGCAGCUUUGACGGUGGGGAUCAGGGUGUGUUAAACAACUAUUUCAGUGACUGGGCUACAGCUGAUAUCGCCAAACACCUUCCUUUCAUCUAUAAUCUAAGCAGUGUCUCCAUCUACACCUACCUACCAGCUUUCAAACAGUUUGGCCACAAUGCUAAAGUGAUCCACUUCCUGGGUGAGAAGAAGCCGUGGGAUUAUCAGCUUGGUGAUGAAGAGUGCAGCAGUGAGACAGUUUCUUCCUCUCUGCACCCUGAUUACGUUAAGCAGUGGUGGUGUGUGUUUAAGUCGUCAGUACUUCCGUUACUGUUGAAGGAGAACAUACACACACCCCCACUCUCGGACAUGCCCAGCGUGAAGCAGAAGAUUGUGUAUGUGGAGGCAGCCCAGGUGGAGAAGUGUGUUGAUCCACCUGCUCCUCAGACCUCCUCACAGGACAGGAAGCAGAAGUGGGAGCAGGGAGACGCUGAUUAUCUCGGAGAAGAUUCGUUCAAACACAUCGAGAGAAAACUUGAUUCCUUCCUCAUGUGAACAACAGACACACACACACACACACACACACACACACACACACACACACACACACACACACACACACACACACACACACACACACACACAGACAGAGGGGAUUAUAUUUGCUUCAAAAGUAGGGAUGCAUCAAUGCUCUAACAUCUGAUAACAUACACUAACAUACUUUAAUCAGGUGUAACACCAAGUGAUACCAUGCAAUCUUCAUGCUAAUGAACACACAGUGACAGCGAUCUGGAGCUUUUCACAGAUUUCCAUAUUUCAUUAAAAUCAGCAUGAGGAGUUCAUCACUAAGUGAGAACCCAAGUUAAGUGAAAAGAAUAGCUCACUGCUAGCUAAUUAAUGUAGCUAGCGAAUCAAUCUAAUAUAGCUACAUUAAUGUAGCUGGCUAAUCAAUCUAAUAUAGCUAGCUAAUUAAUGUAGCUGGCUAAUCAAUCUAAUAUAGCUAGCUAAUCAAUCUAAUAUAGCUAGCUAUCUAAUGUAGCUAGCUAAUCAACCUAAUAUAGCUAGCUAAUUAAUGUAGCUGGCUAAUCAAUCUAAUAUAGCUAGCUAAUUAAUGUAGCUGGCUAAUCAAUCUAAUAUAGCUAGCUAAUUAAUGUAGCUGGCUAAUCAAUCUAAUAUAGCUAGCUAGCUAAUUAAUGUAGCUGGCUAAUCAAUCUAAUAUAGCUAGCUAGCUAAUGUAGCUAGCUAAUCAAUCUAAUAUAGCUAGCUAUCUAAUGUAGCUAGCUAAUCAAUCUAAUAUAGCUAGCUAAUUAAUGUAGCUAGCGAAUCAAUCUAAUAUAGCUAGCUAUCUAAUGUAGCUAGCUAAUCAAUCUAAUAUAAUAUAAUCAAUCUAAUAUAGCUAGCUAGCUAAUGUAGCUAGCUAAUCAAUCUAAUAUAGCUAGCUAAUUAAUGUAGCUGGCUAAUCAAUCUAAUAUAGCUAACUAAUGUAGCUAGCUAAUCAAUCUAAUAUAGCUAACUAAUGUAGCUAGCUAAUCAAUCUAAUAUAGUUAGCUAGCUAAUGUAGCUAGCUAAUCAAUCUAAUGUAGCUAGCUAAUCAAUCUAAUAUAGCUAGCUAACUAAUGUAGCUAGCUAAGCAAUCUAAUUUAGCUAGCUAUAUUAUGCAUUGAUGCAUGUAUUAAUGCUACACUGCAUCUCUAAUCAUACGAAUUAAAUGUAUUUUAUUAACUGGACAAAUGACCUCAGAGGCCGAACAUGGUGUAAGUCUUCAGGAAUCACCUUUACCUCACCUUCUGGUCUUAAGAUGGAGUCCUCUGAAGUAGGACAUGGUCUCUGUUGGCUAAUUGUGAUGCUGACGUGUGAGUCUAUAAACAGAUAAUGAAAACAAUAAGACAAACAAUACACCGAAUUGAUGCUAAUGGACUAACAUGGCAACUGAGGGCAGCUUGUCUUUGCCUUUCUGAGCUGUAAGGUUUAAAACACACAACAAUGUGUAUCAUUUUUCACAGACACAGUUGGGUAAAUUAGCAUGCUAGCAUCAGGACAUAGUCCAACACAUUGUUGUUGAUAAUACACUGAUAGUAAUUUUUUUUUUCUUACAUACAAACCAAUGCUGCCUUCAUGUUCUUAUAAAUAUCCAUUAAAAUCAUAAUUACUGUGCGCUUUAAAAACACAUGACUGACUUUUACUUUUUAUUGUGGUGAAGAAAAGGACUAGCGAAAUGUAGGAUCCCUGAAGUUCAUCUAUUAUAGUCUUUAAGUUUAAUUUUUCUCACAAUUUGAGUUCAUUGGUUUGGAGCUGAAGCUAAAUAUCUGCAAAUAAAUGAAUAGCUAGCUUCUAAUGAAACCUUUGUAAAUAAACUACUUAAUAAAAUAUGAGAUUAAUUAAAGUGGAAAGCUCAGAUGCACAGGAGUGUAAUGUGGAAGGGAUCCUGAAUGAUCCAGAGCAGAUCUUCUCAGCUGGAUCCGCUAUCAUCACCACCGUUAGCAUGUGUUAGUGAAAUUAGUAUUUAAUUCAUUAAAAUGACUGAUGGUUGUAUAAAUACCUCUGUACUGUCACUCUGACAGGAAACUGUAUCUGAAAUAAAGACUUAGCAUUAAAGAAUAUCUCUCUCUCUCUCUCUCUCUCUCUCUCUCUCUCUCUCUCUCUCUCUCUCUCUUGUUAGCAAAGUUAGCAGUUAGCAUCAUCUGCAGCUUUUAAAAUUCUUAUUAAUAUCAUUAGUAUUUCCAAAUAGUCAUUUAUUCAUCAUUGCAUUUGUAAUUGAAUUAUAAUACAAAUAAAACAUUUACACAAUA